AUGCCUACCUUUUCUUUCCCCGAUGAUAGCCCGGCGCCGUCCACCCCCGACAGGAGCUCGCACUUUGGCUCUGGCUCCUUCCAAUUCGGCGAGAACCCCUCGACGACCCCGGCCGGCCCUCCUCCCCCUUCGUCUGCCGCGUCCUUCACACCCGCCGGCGCGCCUUCCGAAUCAUACCUCGGCAGCUCCAUGAUGCUCGGAGUGACUGGCCAGAAGCCCACCUCCUUUGGCGGCCACAGCACGGCCGGCUCGACAAAGAACCUCUUCGGUCGCGCCCAGAACUCGCCGCAGCAACCCCUCGGCCGGUCCAUAGGGCCAUCGAGGUCGGCGAGGCAGCCGUCGGCCCUGAGCAGGGAGUACGACUUUGCCGAUUCGACGCGCAGCACCACGAACAAGACCGGCACCUAUCACAUCUCCAGCGACGAGGAGAGCGACGAAGAGGAGGAAGAGGAGGUCGACGAAGUGGCCGAGGCUGACGAACAGAUGAAGCGCAUCCUGGAAGCCGACAUGGACGACGAGAGCGAGGAAGGUUCCGUCGAAGAGGAUGAAGAGGAAUACGAUGAAGAAGGGGAGGAAGACACAGACAUGUUCUUAGACAUGCACCAGCGGGCUCGCCAACAGCAGAACCAAGACUACGACGAUGCCGAAGGCGACGACGACGAAUACGAAGAGGAUCUGGCUGAGGCGACAGAUUUCAUGGACCUCGUCACACCUGCCGCUACCGAACAGAUGAGGAAGGAGGCCCGAGACAUCUUCCGCGCAUCAGUCCGACAGCGCUCGUCGGCCGGCUCGAGGACAGACUUCCAGUACGCUUCCAUGGCGAAGAACCUCUACACUGACCUGGGUUUCGCCCAGCUCUCCGAGGCCCCCGAGCUGAUCAGCAAAACGGAGGACACCAUCAACAAGCUCUACGACGAGGGCAUCGGCGCCCAGGAAGACCCCGAGAAGCUGGACAGUGCCCUGUCGCUCAUGUGCGAGCCCUUGAUCCAGCUGUGGGACGACUACGCCGACAGCCUCCCCAUGUUAGACAGCGAGCACACGGCAGAGGUCGGCCCAGGCGACGAUGACGAGCCGUUUCGCAAGGCGGCAUUUGUCGCGAAACUGGUGCUCCGCCUCCACAAUGCUCGCUUGGUCGGGCCAGAUGCUUCCUACGUUGAACCCCUGCCCGGCGUUCUCUUCGACUGGGCCGCUCACAACCACAACAUGUAUCCUGACCAACACCACGACGUCAUGCGGCACAGGCCUAGCCCAGCCAAUCAUGGCCUUUACUGGCAGACCGUCGGCAGUGCCCUCAUGCGUGGUAAUGUGGAUGGCGCCAUUGAGCUUCUUAGGGGCGGAGCGUGGGAGGCCGUCACAAGGGGCCGCGGAGAAAAGGCCUAUCAGGGCAAGACUCUGGAAAAUGUCCAGCGCGCUGUCAGCAUCACUUGUACCAUGCUGAGCAUGUGCCCAGCCACCAAGGACAACUGGGAUAUCUUCAGUAGUGACUGGACGCUGUUCCGAAUCCAGGCCAAGGGCUCCCUAGACAAGCUCCAGCGGUUUGCAGAGGGCAAGGAGAGGGACGUGCUUGUCGAUGGCAGUGACGAUGGCUUUCAUCAUGGCCCCUCACUGGCCAGCAUGGCGCGCAAGGCCGAGAGCCAAGUGCCUUGGGACAUUUACGAGCACCUUCAGACAAUAUACGAGAUCGCCUUGGGUGUGCCAGAUGCCAUUCUCGACACGGCGCAAGACUGGUGCGAGGCGGCGGUUGGUAUGUUCGGUUGGUGGGAGGCUGAGAGGAACCACGGACACGACGUCAGCCUCCGAAUGUCCCGCUCCCGCUCCCAGGCGCUGGCCUUGCCAGCCCCUUCGCCGGGCCCUGACGCUUAUUUCGAGCGCCUCGCCAUCGCCAUCCACACCGUUGUGGAAUCCAACUUCCACUUCAAUGCCAUGAACCCCGUCGAGGUGGCGCUCGUCUCUACGCUGGAGGGCAACUACACCGCUGUCGUCGGUUUCUUGCGGGCGUGGUCUCUGCCUGUGGCAUCUGCCGUGGCCGAGCUUGCGUCCCUUGGACAGUGGCUGCCGAAACCCGAGGCACCCAACCUGAUUGCGCUUCAAAGCUUGGAUAUGGAGGAUUUCGAUAUCCUAGGAGUGUCACCACAAAACAAGGACGACGUUGAGGGGAUCAAAGAUACGACGCUGAUUCACUAUGCCCGCGAGCUCGCAGGGCUGGACCACUUUACUAAACAGAGGGAUGGAUGGGAAAUGGCGAUCCAGGUGCUCGGGCGGAUGGACUCUGCUGAUCGAUCGGAGGAGAUGGUCGGCGAGCUACUUCGCGACAUUCUCGAAACUAUCGACUCUGACUCGAGCACGACUGUCGACAAGGUGUGGCAUAUUGUGAACGAGCUCGGCAUGAUCCAGUACGCAGAGGAAGUAGCAGAGACUUUUGCCGAGACUUUGGCGAAGGACUCGCAUCGGUACGGCGAGGCUCUCUGGUACUAUGCGCUUGCGCACCGACCCGGUAAGGUUCGCGAGGUGCUCAACUUGCUCAUGUCCUACUCCCUGCUCCAGUCCACGGUGUUCCCGCCGACAAAUGAUCUCGACGACCAUCUCCAUCGACUCCUUACGGAGCGCUCGCAAACACUCGAGCAGUACGCCAAGCAAGACCUCGAGGCUGCGCAGCUUCUCGGCCGCAUGCUCAGCGGUUACGCCACUCUCCGCAAGUUCUACGAGCUACGCGACACAGAAGGUCUCGCCAACAUGUCUUCGUACAAGUCUCUGAACAUUCGUCGACAGGCUGCCUCGGCCCUUGUGGCUGUCGUCGCCAGCUCUGAUGACAACAUCCGCGGUGGGCUCUAUGACGAGUCAAGAGACGCGGUCGUCAGUGAGGAUUUCCUCCUUGCCCUCCUUGGCGAGGCUCUUCCCUUCAUCAACCAGGGAUCAUCUGAGGCCAUCAUCACUCUCGACCAGAUACACACUCUUCUCAAAGCAGUCGAGGACAUCGAGACGGUCUCACCGACAGUCUUCGACGCUGCCGACGAUUACUUCAAGCUCGUCCUCGCUUCGGCGCAAGGACUCAAGGGCUCGUCCCCGCACGACCUCAUGCGCAAGAGCACGGGCGGCCUCAGCGGCUCCAGCUCGUAUGUCAUGGAUGGCAGCUCGAUGCUCGCGAGCCAACUGCAUCGCUCGGUCAGCGGCGGCAGCAGUGUCAAGUUUGGGAGCAACGUCCGGCGCGGCUGGGACUGGCGCAGCGGCCUCCUCGCCAGCGCGACGAGCAAGGACGUUCUGCGGAUCUUGCGUCUGGGAUUGUCGAAGGAUCUGUCGAAACUGUGGCUUGCCGAGGCGGACAAUGCGUCCGCGUUUUAG